AUGCAAGUUCUGGUGGUUGGUGCCGUUAUCGGCGGCGUCGUCGUCGGAGUCGGACGCAAUCAGAAAACCAAUGAAAACGGUGGCGGUGAAGGUGUUAGCACACACAGCAAGGCCGUGAAGGCAUUGUGCCAAAACGCAGACGACCAGAAUCUUUGCCAUGAAGUCCUCAACCCUGUGGACACCUCAGACCCAAAGGACUACAUCGAAACGGUGGUGAAAACCACAAUGGACAGCGUCGUCAAAGCUUUCAACAUGAGUGAUAGGCUCUCGGUGGAGCAUGGUAAUAGCAAACCAGGCAUCAAGAUGGCCCUUGAAGAUUGCAAGGACUUGUUGCAAUCUGCAAUUCACGAACUCGAAGCCUCAGGUCUUUUGGUUCGUGAGAGCACAAUUCAGGAUGUUAACGAACGUGCUUCGGAUCUCAAGAAUUGGUUGGGUGCUGUUGUUGCUUACCAACAAUCUUGCCUUGAUGGUUUCGACACAGACGGUGAGAAGAAGGUUCAGGAACAGUUGCAAACAGGUAGCUUGGACAACGUUGGUAAGAUCACUGGUUUGGCACUUGAUGUCGUGUCUGGAGUCUCCAAUGUCCUCGGUGCAUUUAACUUGAACUUGAAUCUUAAACCUGCUUCUCGUCGCCUUCUUGAGGUGGAUCAAGAGGGUUACCCAACUUGGUUCUCCGCUGCUGAUCGUAAGCUUUUGGGUCAGUUCAGCAGCAAAGGAUCCCAACAUGGUGGACAAGGUGGAAUUAUACCUAAUGCUGUUGUUGCCAAGGAUGGAAGUGGCCAAUAUAAGACUGUUCUUGAUGCUAUUAACUCUUACCCUAAGAACCACCAAGGUAAAUUCCUUAUCUACGUUAAGGCUGGUGUCUACGAUGAGUACAUUACCGUUGACAAGAAGAAGCCGAAUAUUCUCUUGUACGGUGAUGGCCCCACAAAGACCAUCAUCACCGGACGCAAGAACUUCAACGAGGGUACCAAGACAAUGAGAACCGCCACCUUCACCACUCUUGCUGAUGAUUUCAUUGCCAAGUCAAUUGCAUUCGAGAACACCGCUGGUCCUCAGGGUCACCAAGCUGUGGCACUUCGCGUUCAAGGUGAUCGUUCAGCAUUCUUUGAUUGCGCAAUGCGUGGUUACCAAGACACAUUGUAUGCUCACGCUCACCGUCAAUACUACCGCAACUGUGAAAUCUCCGGAACCGUCGAUUUCAUUUUUGGCUACGCCACGACCUUGAUCCAGAACUCCAAGAUCAUUGUGAGGAGGCCUGGUCCAAAUCAACAGAACAUAGUGGUUGCUGAUGGGACAGACCAAAAGAGCAUGCCAACAGGAGUAGUCAUGCAAAACAGUGAGAUCAUGCCAGAGGCUGCCCUCUUCAACGACAGGUUGACAGUGAAGUCUUACUUGGCAAGGCCAUGGAAGGCAUUUUCAAGGGCAGUUUUCAUUGAGAAUGUUAUUGGUGACUUGAUUCAGCCAGAAGGGUAUAUUCCAUGGGCACCACCAAAUGAACCAAACACUCAGAACGCUUACUUUGCUGAGUUUGCCAACACUGGACCAGGUGCCAAUACUCAAAGUAGGGCUAAAUGGGGAAAAGGUCUCAUUAGCAAGACUGAGGCUGCAAAAUUCACUGCUGAACAGUGGAUCCAAGCUAGCUCUUGGUUGCCAGCCACUGGCAUUCCUUUCGAUGCUGGCUUCACCAAAGCUUAA